AUGAAGAGCAACAUCAGCCUGACUCCCUCCUAUUUCCAGUUCACUGUGUUUGCAGACUAUGGGCCCCUCAGAUAUCUUUUCUUCAGCCUCUCUCUGUUGAUCUACAUGACUAUAAUCUCUGCUAAUCUUGUCAUUGUUCUGUCAGUCUGCCUGGAGACCUCUCUGCAUCAGCCCAUGUAUGUUUUCAUCUGCUCUCUGUGUUUAAACUCUCUGUACGGCUCGACCGGCUUCUUCCCCAGGUUCCUGAUGGACCUUCUGUCCGACACUCAUUUCAUCUCACGUCCGCUUUGUUUCAUUGAGAUGUAUGUUAUUCAGACUUACAAAAUUCAUGAGGUAUCUGUCCUCACUGUUAUGGCCUAUGACAGGUUUGUUGCCAUUUGCCAGCCUUUACACUAUCACGGUAAAAUGACAUUUAGGACAGUGCUGCUGCUUUUGUUCCUUGCUGUGCUGUACACUAUGUGUCUUUUAGGCUACUUUUUCUAUCAGGCCAUCACUUUGCCUUUGUGUGGAAACAAACUGCACAAGAUCUUUUGCACCAGCUGGUCUAUAGUUAAGCUCUCAUGUGAGGACACAAGUGUGAUCAGUGUAGCAGGUCAGUUUGUUGCUGUGAUAUCGAUCUUCAUCCCUCUGUUUUUUGUCCUGUAUACGUACCUGUGCAUUAUACUUGUCUGCCGGAGAAGUUCAUCUGAAUUCAGAGGAAAGGCUUUACAGACCUUCUUGCCCCACAUAGUGACCUUUGUGAACUUUUGCAUCUCGAUUUUCUCUGAGAUUUCACUGAGUCUUUAUAAUAUUGAGGGAGUCAAGCCAUUUGUAAUUGUUUUUUUAUCUCUGGAGUUUCUGAUCAUUCCUCCCAUCAUGAACCCUCUAAUUUAUGGCCUGAACCUGCCUCAGAUCAGAACAGUGAUUUUUGGAUUUUUAAGGAUA